AUGAUGCCGAUAGGAUUCUUAUUUCGUCAGUUAAGACUGGCUUCAUGCCGCUUAAAUAAUGUCUACUUGCCAUCAAGUAUUAUUCGGAAUGUCCUACAGCAUCAAGUUAAAAAAUAUAACCACCAAUUAGCCAGGUGUUCAUCCUCUGAUAUUACAUUGGGACCAUUGGCUGUUUAUAAUGCCUUGUGUGAAUCUGGAGAGCUGAAGGUUGAUAACCACCAACUAAAUAUUGUUGCAGCUCUGGAAAAGCUGCACCAUCGACUGCAUAAUUACAAACCUGAUACAUCUGGAUGGUUUGAAAAGACAUUUCAUUUUUCUAAGAAAGAAAAAACUCCACGAGGGCUUUACUUGUAUGGAGAUGUGGGAUGUGGAAAGACAAUGUUGAUGGAUCUUUUCUAUAAAAAUUGUCAAGUUGACAAAAAGUUACGGGUACAUUUCCAUGAAUUUAUGUUGAGUGUCCACAAGAAAAUCCAUGAAGUAAAAAAGGAUAUCCCUAAAUUGUACAGUCUUGCACACUCUUCAGCUUUUGAUCCAAUUGCCCCUGUUGCAGAACAAAUUAGUUCAGAAACCUGGCUUUUGUGUUUUGAUGAAUUCCAGGUCACAGACAUUGCAGAUGCUAUGAUUCUGAAAGGAUUAUUUACAGAACUUUUCAAUCAUGGUGUUGUUGUUAUAGCAACGUCUAAUCGACAUCCGGAUGACCUUUACAAACAAGGCUUGCAAAGAAUGAAUUUUGUUCCUUUUAUUGGAAUCUUAAAAAAUGCCUGCCAUGUAUUGUGCCUUGACUCUGGUACUGACUACAGAAUGAAAACAAUAUUAGCUGAAGGAAAAACUUAUUUCAUAAUGAGUCAGUGUGAGAGUGACAAAGAAGUUGAUAAUGUUUUCAAAUCCCUUUCAGAAUCUCAAAAAGCAUCUGUGUCAGCUCGAGAGCUUAUCAUUCUGGGUCGAAGUCUACUAUUGCCUAAAACUUGCGGCCGUUUGCUGGAUACAAAUUUUGUAGAUAUGUGUGAAAAGGCUCUUGGUGCCAUAGAUUAUUUAGAAAUUUGUCGACAUUUUGACAUAAUUCUAUUACGGCAGGUUCCAAAGAUGUCUUUGAAUAACAGGACAGAAGCCAGACGUUUUAUUACUUUCAUUGAUACCUUGUAUGACAACAGGGUGAAGUUAGUUAUGUCUGCUGAAACCCGACCUGUGGAUCUAUUUUCAGUUGGGGAUAUGAAUUUAAAAGAUAUGCAUGAUUACAAUGUAUUGAUGGAUGAUUUAGGAAUCAGUGCAAUGAGUGAUAUUGGCAAAAGUAGCAUCUUUACGGGAGAAGAAGAAUUGUUUGCUUUCAGCCGGACUGUUUCACGUCUAACAGAAAUGAUGACAGAGGAAUACUGGAAUUUCCAGCUGAAAAAAGAUUCUAAAUCCGUUUUACAAUAG